UGUGUGUGUGUGACUGACGCCUUUAUAAAAACGCUCUCAGUUGGCCUGCACUUCUGUGUGUUUUGUUCCUUCCAGAUAUCCAGUGGAAAGACAACGUUUGUGAAGACUUCAAAAUGUCAUAAAAAGCUUUCUCUUGAUCAACGGAUCAGCACAGGCUCACAGGGAGGGAAAGUAAACGAGUCGCCCCCUGGCGGUGGUGGCGGCGCUUGGCGAAAUUAAUGGGAUUCUCCAUGGAGACGAUGUUAGAGAAACAUAAAUCUCCGCCUGCAUCGAACGGGUAGUGGAAUAGCUUCCAUGACAUAUGCUUUGAAAUAAACGUAAUCGACUCUGGUGAUCGUAGAUUAAUCUAAGCCACAACUUUAAUUGUUUAGUUUGACUUUUUUUGAGUUUGUAAGGAGGUUAUAAGGAACUACAAUGAAUAUUUCGCACAGAUGACGUAAUCGGUUUGCGCGGCUCAACGAGCUGAUCAAAAUGCCUGGAUAUUUCUGUAAUAACAAAAAUGCUUCUUCGCCUGGGGUUACCUAGGUUACCCAGUUAUGCUUCACCUUACGCAGUUAUGGCGAUGGCCAUGUACUCACACACGGGUGGAUAUUAGUACACAUUAACUGAAUAGGUGACCAUGCUGCUCGCCUCGCUGUCUUUGAGUUCGCUACAGUGCGAUCAAAGCAGAUACUCUCAUACUCCACCAGGACUACUUCAGCGUGUUUGUAUCAUAUUGAGGUACAAGUAGCUGUGUUUUGUUUUGCGAACAUAAUGUUCCAGUUAAACCUUUUAAACACGUAGACAAUGUAGCUCAUAGCUUGACUUGGGGAAAUGAAGCUUGUUUGAAUUGAACUGAUGCGGCAUGCCUUAGAUAAAGAUCUUUUAUGCCACUCAUUGCAAAUAAGAAUACUAUGAGAGACGCCAAAAUGCUAAAUGUCUGCUGUUAAAAGCCGUCUGAAGGUUUGCUGGGCGUGGUUAUAAAACGAAUUUGACCCAAAUGCUUAAGGCCAAACCAAUCGAUCACAGACACACGUAAGGCAAGCUAGGUCAGAGACUAGACUGUCGGAGAGAGCAGACGGCGAGAGGGAGUUUCGUUCAGGAAGUCGUUUUGCUUCUAUUCAUAAUGGCAACUUCAGUUAAGUUGAAUACCGGAGCAGAAAUGCCCAAAGUUGGUCUGGGUACUUGGAAGUCUCCCCCUGGUAAAGUAACGGAGGCGGUUAAGUCCGCUAUCGCCGCUGGUUACCGGCACAUCGAUGGCGCCUACGUGUACCAGAAUGAGGCGGAGGUGGGAGAGGGGGUCCACGCCAUGAUCAAGGAGGGGGUGGUGAAGAGAGAGGAUCUGUUCAUCGUUAGCAAGCUGUGGUGCACCUUCCAUGACAAAGCUCUGGUGAAGGGGGCGUGUCAGAAGACCCUGAGCGACCUCAAGCUGGACUACCUGGACCUCUACCUGGUACACUGGCCAAUGGGCUUCCAGGCUGGCUCUGAAAUGAUUCCACUGGGAAGUGAUGGUUUAACUGUGAAUGACGACACCAACUUUGUGGACACCUGGGAGGCCAUGGAGGAGCUGGUGGACUGUGGCCUGGUCAAGGCCAUCGGCGUCUCCAACUUCAACCACCAGCAGAUCGAGGCCAUCCUGAACAAGCCCAACCUCAAGUACAAACCUGCCAACAACCAGAUUGAGUGCCAUCCAUACCUGACCCAGGAGAAGCUGAUCAGCUACUGUCACUCAAAGGGCAUCACCGUGACAGCAUACAGUCCUUUGGGCUCGCCAGACAGACCGUGGGCAAAGCCAGAUGAUCCUUCCCUGCUUGAAGACCCAAACAUCAAAGCCAUUGCCCAGAAGCACAGCAAGACCUCUGCCCAGGUUCUGAUCCGGUUCCAAAUGCAAAGGAACGUCAUCGCCAUCCCCAAGUCUAUCACCCCUCAGCGCAUCCAGGAGAACUUUCAGGUCUUUGAUUUUAAGUUGAGUGAUGAGGAAAUGAACACCAUUCUAGGCUUCAACAGAGGCUUCCGGGCCUGUCCCAUGCAGUGGUCGGCCAAGCACAAGGACUUCCCCUUCAACGCUGAGUACUGAUGCUGCUGAUGACGCCCGUCUUCCUCUUCAGCUGCUCUGAUUGGCCAGACUCUACUUUCAGCCACUCUGAUUGGCUGUGGCUUUUGGGUGCUGUGAUUGGUUGGAUAUAGUGUGUGUACUUUCCCUCUGCUCUGCUCCUCAGGGUCCCGCUGGUGGCUAUUUAGCAUUCUAACACAUCACACACACACACAUACACACACACACACAUACAUAACACACACACAUAACACACUCUCACACACACACACACACACACACACACUCAUAC